AUGGCUCAGGUUCAGGUUCAGCCUCAGAAUGCAAUUCCGGGGACUAACGGUGCUGCUGCGGCUGGCGGGAGCAGCCAGUUUGGGGCUUCGUCGCUUUAUGUCGGAGAUCUUGACCUGAACGUCACGGAUUCGCAGCUAUAUGACCUGUUUAAUCAAAUUGGUCAGGUCGUGUCUGUUAGGGUUUGUAGGGAUUUGACUAGCCGGAGAUCACUUGGAUAUGGUUAUGUCAAUUUUGGCAACGCGCAGGAUGCUGCCAGAGCAAUGGAUGUUCUGAACUUCACUCCUCUGAAUAACAAACCCAUCCGUAUCAUGUAUUCACAUCGUGAUCCCAGUAUUCGCAAAAGUGGGGCUGGAAAUAUAUUUAUUAAGAAUUUGGACAAGGCAAUCGACCACAAAGCAUUACAUGAUACCUUUUCUGCAUUUGGGAAUAUCCUCUCUUGCAAGGUAGCCACAGACUCAUCUGGCCAAUCAAAAGGCUAUGGCUUUGUACAAUUUGAUAACGAGGAAUCUGCUCAGAAGGCCAUAGAGAAGCUUAAUGGUAUGCUGUUAAAUGAUAAACAAGUAUAUGUUGGACCCUUCCUUCGCAAGCAAGAAAGAGACAGUGCAGUUGACAAGACAAGAUUCAACAAUGUUUUUGUGAAGAACCUAUCAGAAGUAACUUCUGAUGAAGAUUUGAGGAAGAUUUUUGGUGAAUUUGGAACAAUUACAAGUGCUGUGGUGAUGAGGGAUGGGGAUGGUAAGUCAAAGUGCUUUGGAUUUGUGAAUUUUGAGAAUGCCGAUGAUGCGGCUAGGGCUGUUGAGGCCCUUAAUGGGAAAAAAGUUGAUGAAAAGGAAUGGUAUGUUGGAAAAGCUCAGAAGAAAUCCGAAAGGGAACUUGAAUUGAAACUUCGAUUUGAGCAGAGCAUGAAAGAAGCAGCUGAUAAAUAUCAAGGGGCUAAUUUAUAUGUUAAAAAUUUAGAUGACAGCAUUAGUGAUGAUAAACUUAAGGAGCUCUUCUCUCCAUUUGGAACCAUUACCUCAUGCAAGGUCAUGAGGGAUCCCAACGGAAUAAGUCGAGGAUCAGGGUUUGUUGCAUUCUCAAGUGCUGAUGAGGCAGCCCGAGCACUCUCGGAGAUGAAUGGCAAAAUGGUGGUAAGCAAACCUCUGUAUGUUGCUCUGGCCCAACGAAAAGAGGAUAGAAGAGCUAGAUUGCAGGCUCAGUUUGCUCAAAUGCGGCCUGUUCCAAUGGCACAUUCUGUUGCUCCCCGUAUGCCAAUGUACCCUCCUGGUGGUCCGGGUAUUGGACAACAAAUAUUUUAUGGUCAAGGUCCUCCUGCCAUGAUUCCCUCCCAGCCUGGAUUUGGGUAUCAACAACAGUUAGUUCCUGGCAUGAGGCCUGGUGGGGCUCCCAUGCCAAAUUUCUUUGUGCCAAUGGUUCAGCAGGGACAACAGGGUCAGCGUCCUGGUGGAAGACGUGCUGGAGCAGUGCAGCAGAGCCAGCAGCCUGUUCCACUUAUGCAGCAGCAGAUGCUUCCAAGGGGUCGUGUUUACCGUUAUCCUCCUGGUAGGGGCCUGCCUGAUGUUCCCAUGCCUGGUGUUGCUGGAGGCAUGUUUUCUGUCCCGUAUGAUGUGGGUGGAAUGCCCAUGCGUGACACAGGCCUUUCCCAGCAAAUUCCUAUAGGGGCUUUGGCUUCUGCCCUGGCAAAUGCCCCUCCUGAACAGCAGAGGACGAUGCUGGGAGAAAAUCUCUAUCCUCUUGUGGAACAGUUGGAGCCUGACAAUGCCGCUAAAGUGACUGGCAUGCUUCUGGAGAUGGACCAGACCGAGGUUUUACACUUGCUCGAGUCACCUGAAGCUCUGAAAGCAAAGGUCGCUGAGGCAAUGGAUGUCCUGAGGAAUGUCGCUCAGCAGCAGCAGGCCGGCGGUGCUGCUGAUCAGCUAGCCUCAUUAUCGCUUAAUGACAACCUUGUUUCUUGAGAGAGAUUUAUAUUUGGCCGCAGAUUCUCUGUGGAUGUUGAAUUGUUAUGGGAGGCGCAGGCUGUGAUUCAGCUAAAAUGUUCUGGGUGUUCUUAGUUCGGAUAGGUACUCUGCUUUUGGUCUGCCAGGGAUUUUCGGUCUAAAGGAUUGUUUCAAAGUUGAUUUAAAUGGUGCUUUAUGUGUGGUACUGCAGUUUGUGGUGUGUUCCAAGAAUCAGGAUUAUGAAUUGUUAUUCUGUUUGAUUGCCUCUCCCUUUUCUUUUUAGAUUAUUGCAUAUGUUGUGAUGCGAUCAUUGAUGAUAACAUUCCUCAUGAACUAGAUCUCGCGCCCAAUCGGAAAUGACUUUGAAUAUCUGAACUUUGAAAUGACUAAUUAUCUGUUGGGGA